GAGCCCCCAGGCGCCCUUAGACCCAGAACUCUUAAGGGGGUGGGGGGCAGGCAGGAUGAGCUGACAGCUCUGGGAGUCUCUCGGGAUGUGAAGCCCCACUUCUCCCUCCUCUCCCCCAUCCCCGCCCCCAGCAGGUCCCCCAGGCUCCUCUGCACACAGUUCUCCCUGCCUGCUGCCCUCCUGGUUCUGGGGUACACAUUCCCCAGCCCUAUUCCAGCAAAGAUUUGUGCAGCCUAGGCCCUGGGCUUCUGUGGGCCAGCUGGCCUGGCUCAAGGAGUCCCCAUUCCCCUGAGCAGGAGGAGGGCCCAGCCCCACUCCCUCCCGCUCCUCCCCCUCCUCCCCCUGACUCUGCAGGCUCCCGAGGCCCUGCCUGAACAGGCCUGCUUGGCAGGCUGGGACAUGUCUGGCCCCCGAGGACAGCCGGUGGGCGAUGGCCGUGGUGGCGGAGGGGCUGGAGCCCGAGGCGGCUGCUACAGAAGAUGCUGCACGAGAUGCUGUAGAUGCUGCGGAUGCAGCACCCAGGGCCCCCCCCCUCCUGACUGGGAGCCGGCUGAACCUGGACUUGUACCCUGGGGGCUGCCACCGGCUACUACACCUGUGUGCCCGGCCGUCCGCUCAGCUGCUGGAAGUGCAGUUCUUGCGGCUGAGUGGCCACGAAGACCCUCGGCUGCUAGAGACCACCCUGGCCCAGGUGGUGUGCAGCCUGCGGCACCUGCGCUCCCUGGUCCUCAGAGGUGGGCAGCACCGGGAUGUGCUGGGUGCCUGCGUCCGGGGCUCCCUGACCACACUGCCCGCUGGUCUGAGUGGCCUGACCCGCUUGGCCCACCUGGACCUGAGCUUCAACAGGCUGGAGACGCUGCCGGGCUGCGUCCCACAGAUGCGUGGCCUGAGUGCCCUCCUCCUGUCCUACAACCGUCUGUCAGAGCUCCCUGAUGCCCUGGGAGCCCUUCCCGCCCUCACCUUCCUCUCUGUGACCCACAACUGCCUGCGAACGCUGCCCAAGGCGCUGGGAUCCCUGUCCACCCUGCAGCGCCUCGAUCUCUCAAAGAACCUUCUGGACGCUCUGCCCCCUGAGAUUGGAGACCUGAGCAGCCUCACAGAGCUCAAUCUGGCCUCCAACCGGCUGCAGAGCCUCCCGACCUCCCUUGGGGGUCUGCGGUCCUUGCGGCUGCUUGUUUUGCACAGCAACCUCCUGACGUCGGUGCCCACUGGCCUGGCCCGCCUGCCGCUGCUCACCCGGCUGGAUCUGAGGGACAACCGGCUCCGGGACGUGCCCCCCGAGCUGCUGGGCGCCCCCUUUGUGCGCCUUCGGGGGAACCCCCUGGGCGAGGCCCCGCCUGCCCUCCCCGGCCCCCCAGGGACACCUGUGAUCCCGGAAAUGCCCAGACUAGUCCUGAACGCAGACUUGGACAGCUUCCUUGUGACCCCCCAAGGCUGCUCGGUGACCCUGGCCUGUGGUGUCCGCCUACAGUUCCCUGCUGGGGCCACUGCCACACCUGUCAGCAUCCACUACCGACUGUGGCUGCCGGAGCCGCGCCUCGUCCCCUUGGGUCCCCAUGACACUCUGCUCAGCCGUGUCCUGGAGCUGCAACCCCAUGGGGUGGCCUUCCACCAGGAGGUGGGCCUGUGGCUGCUCUUUGUGCCCCCACGGGCCCGGCGUUGCCGUGAGGUGGUGGUCAGGACCCUGAAUGACGACGGCUGGAGGGACCUGGAGACUCAACUGGAAGAAGAGGGACCCAAGCGGCUCUGGGCCCACUGCCAGGUGCCCCACUUCUCGUGGUUCCUCGUGGUUUCACGUCCUGUGUCCAAUGCCUGCCUGGUGCCACCGGAGGGCACGUUGCUGUACUCCUCAGGAAAUCCUGGGGUCAAGGUCACAUUCCCGCCUGGGGCCACCGAGGAGCCCCGUCGGGUCUACAUGCAGGUGGUGCGAGUGGCCGGCAGGGAGCUUCGGGCCCUGCUGGAGGAGGCUGGGGCGGCGGCCAGCCCCCUGCUUUGCCUCUCCCAGAACGGCCCCCCAAGCUUCCUCCAGCCCGUCACAGUGCAGCUGCCUCUGCCCCCUGGCGUCACAGGCCUGAGUCUGGAUCGCUCUUGCCUUCACCUGCUGUACCGGACCCCUCCUGAAGCUACGUGGGAUGACAUCACCGCUCAGGUGGCCCUGGAGCUCACCCACGUGUAUGCCCGCUUCCAGGCCACACACUUCUCCUGGUACUGGCUCUGGUACACCACCAAGACGUGCGUGGAGGGCCUGGCCCGGAAGGCCUGGGAGCGGCUGCGGCUGCACCGCGUGAGUCUCAUCGCGCUGCAGCGACGCCGUGACCCCCAGCAGGUGCUGCUGCAGUGUCUGCCCCUCAGCAAGGUGGAUGCCACCCUGCGGCGGCUGCUGGAGCGGUACCGAGGCCCCGAGCCCUCUGACACGGUGGAGAUGUUUGAGGGCGAAAAAUUCUUCGCUGCCUUCGAGAAGGGUAUUGACGUGGAUGCUGACCGCCCAGACUGUGUGCAGGGCAGGGUAUGCUUUGUCUUUUACUCACACCUGAAGAACAUGAAGGAGGUAUAUGUGACCACCACCCUGGACCGACAAGCUCAGGCUGUGAGGGGCCAGGUGGGUCAACUGGGUAGGGUGCCCCCGGCUGCCCAGGCAGCGGCCAGAACACUGAGCCCCACCUCAUCCCAACCCCAGGUGUCCUUCUACCGGGGAGCAGUGCCCGAGGAGGUGCCCGAGGAGGCAGAGGCUGCCCGGCACCGGAAGGGCACAGACAGCCCGUGGAUGGCCACGCUGCCCAUCAAGCUGCCGAGACUGCGGGGAUCCAAGGCGCCAGGGCAGGGGCGGGGGACUAGCCUCUCCCUGGCACCUUUGAACCUGGGUGAUGUGGAGACGGGCUUCCUGACCCAGAGCAACCUGCUGAACGUGGCCGGGCGCCUGGGCCCCGACUGGCCAGAUGUGGCCCUGCACCUGGGCAUGCCCUAUCGCGAGCUGCAGCGCAUCAGGCAUGAGUUCCGGGACGACCUGGACGGCCAGAUCCGUCAUAUGCUCUUCUCCUGGGCUGAGCGCCAGGCUGGGCAGCCGGGGGCUGUGGGGCGCCUCGUGCAGGCCUUGGAGCAGAGUGACCGGCUGGAUGUAGCUGAAGAGGUGAGGGCGGUGUUGGAGCUCGGCCGCCGGAAGUAUGAGGACAACAUCAGGCGCACAAGCCUGGCCUCGCUGACCCCAUCAGCAUCACAGUCCCCAGAGUCAGCCCAGGCCUAGACCCCACCGACUCGGGGCUGGCCCCGGUGCACCCUGGCCAAUGGCCGGAGGCUCCUGUUUUCAAGCCUUCCCUGUGCGUGGACGCAGUGACCCCUCCUCCCGCUCCUCCCCCACCAUGUGUGACACAAAUGUACUGUUCUGGCUGCUUC